CAGUAUAUAGAGUAGAGUUUACGUAUGACACAUUAUUUGCUGUUUGCCUGAUAACUCAGUUUGUAUUUAGAUCAUCUGUUUACAGGAUUUGAUAUAAAACAACAAACCUGAUAUGGUAUGAAUUUGGGCAGGAACUUUGAUGAAGAGUUGCACAGUGAACUGAUUGCUUGCUGAUUUGGUGCAAAGAUACCAGAGUGAAGCAGGAAUGUACACAAAGUACGAGAGAGACUGCAGGGAAAAAGAAGCGAUGAAUAAUUUGUGUGCUACAAAUGGAAGAAAAGAGCUGUGUUGUAGGGAGCAUAAAGAGAGACUGGAGUUAUUUUGUAAGGAUGAUGAGACCUUUAUCUGUGUCAUGUGUGUUCCCAGACAUUCCAGCCACAAUUUUGUCUUCCUGCAUGAGGCAGUCAGUGUGUAUAAGGACAAGAUAAAAACAACUUUAACACCUUUAGAAUCCAAAGUGAAACAAUUUCAAUACAUGCAAAACCAUCAUGAGAAGGGAAUUAGAGAUAUAAAAGAAGAUGUUUUUAAUUUGGAGAAAUACAUUAAGCAAGAAUUUGCAGAAUUGCACCAUUUUCUCCUAGACAAGGAAGAACAACUCAUCCAGCAGCUGAAGAAUAGUGAAGCAAAAAUUCUGAAAUGGAUGGAAGGAAAUCUUGAGUGCAUUAAACAAGAGAUCAUUGUGACAGACUCCGAUGGCAACUUGGAGGACAAGAUUAAAGAAGAGGACAGCCUGAAAAUAAUGGAAGAAAAUGUUAAAUCUGUUGAAAAUGAUGCUAUGGCCAUUAACAGCAUUAGUCACAGCAACUUGGAGAUCAGACAACCAGAACCUGUUGGUUUGCUAACAGUACCAGAAACUUUUGAAGAUGUCACUGUUACUUUCACGGAGGAGGAGUGGAAGUUGUUAAGGAAACAAGAUAAGGAGCUGUACAGGGACGUGAUGGUACAGAACUACGAAACCUGUGUUUCUGUUGGAUACAAAAUUCCUCAAAAGAAGUUAUUAGAGCUAUUUAAAGCAGAUGAAGUUGCAAAGGAUAUUGUAAAGGGAAUAAAUAUCACGAAGCAGAAGGAUAAUUUUAAAGACAACGUCAACAGUAUGUAA